ACCCCGGCCUUCGUGUUUACCUAUUUGGUCGUCCUUCGACGCCUCAACACUAGAAGUUACUAUAACCUUCUUCAUUGGUGUCUUUAGCUAUGGCAAGCUUCCUUUCCACCAUGUUUCCCUCUCCAGGCCCAAAAGACGCAAAGUCGCCCGUUUCAGACCUUCCAGGCACGCCGACCAAGAACACAUUCAUCACUCCCGUCUCUACACCUCAGGGUAGCCCGAGCAAGAAGACGAUACCUCCAGGAGCCAACGAACUUCCUACUACAUUCGAUGCAUUGAAACUCAACCCGGUUUCUCUCGAUAGCCCUGUCAGACUUGGAAGACCUCAAAAUGGAGCUAGCCCUCUAUCGCCGGCCAAAAGCAACAUCCAACCAGCUGAUGAUGGAUACUUUCCGACUGCAUCCCCCACUGUGGAUAACAGCAUCGUUCAUAAGACAGGGGAGCCCACGGGAACUCCCUUAAAGAAGCAAGGACAAGAGAACACGCCACCGUCUAGAAUCCCGGUGCGAGACUCGGUCUAUCAGCACAACCAAGCUGCGAUAUCGCGGGCAGAACUCUACCAGCUCCGAGAUAGUCGGCCAAUAACGCCCACGACCAAGAGAUUUAACACCUCUCGCGGUCUUACUCCUGAAGAAAUGGAGCUUUUGAAGAAGCCCAACGUCCGCCGUCUAGUUAAUGUCACGCAACUGUACUUCCUAGACUACUAUUUCGACCUGCUCACCUAUGUCGGUGCCAGACAGUCGCGGCUAAACGCAUUCAAGGCUGAGGUGCCUGCGCCUCCGGAAACUGAUCAAGAAGAGUACAAUCAGUUGUGGCAGAGGUACACUGGCAGAGAGCGGGCAAAUCUCCGCAAGCGUCGUAUACGCCUUCGACAGGGUGACUUCCAAAUCCUGACUCAGGUUGGUCAAGGAGGCUACGGACAAGUGUUCUUGGCCCAGAAAAAGGAUACCAAGGAGGUGUGCGCCUUGAAAGUCAUGAGCAAGAAGCUGCUCUUUAAGUUGGACGAGAUCCGCCAUGUCCUCACGGAAAGAGACAUCCUUACCACUGCAAACAGCGAGUGGCUCGUCCGCCUCUUGUACUCGUUCCAAGACGACAAGAAUAUCUAUCUUGCCAUGGAAUACGUACCUGGUGGAGACUUUAGAACUCUCCUCAACAACACGGGCGUCUUAUCCAACCGCCAUGCUCGUUUCUAUAUCGCCGAGAUGUUCUGCUCCGUGGAUGCACUUCACAAGCUGGGUUAUAUUCACCGAGAUUUAAAACCAGAAAACUUCCUUAUUGAUUCCACUGGCCACGUCAAAUUAACCGACUUCGGCUUGGCGGCUGGCAAUGUUGCAUCGUCAAAGAUCAAUUCGAUGCGCAUCAGACUCGAGAAGGCUUCCGAGACUACUGUGCCGUUUGGUAAAGCUAUGGAAAAACGAACCGUGGCAGAGCGCCGAGAGGGUUAUCAAACCAUGCGUGAGAGGGACACGAAUUAUGCGAAAUCCAUAGUAGGAUCACCAGAUUACAUGGCUCCGGAGGUGCUCCGCGGCGAGGAGUACGACUACACUGUCGACUAUUGGAGCCUAGGAUGCAUGCUAUUCGAAGCCCUCACAGGAUUUCCUCCCUUCGCAGGCUCUACGGCCGAUGAGACGUGGCAUAAUCUGAAGCAUUGGAAAGAAGUGCUUAAGCGACCGGUCUGGGAGGAUCCGAACUAUUUCUUAAGUACCCGUACCUGGAACUUUAUCACUACGUGUAUCAAUUCGAGAUCCAAGCGGUUUUCCAAUAUUAAGGAUAUCUUCGAGCAUCAUUAUUUUGCCGAAGUAGACUGGAACACCCUGAGAGACUCGAAAGCCCCGUUUGUACCCGAGCUGGAUUCGGAGACGGACGCAGGGUACUUUGAUGAUUUCACCAACGAAGCUGAUAUGGCCAAGUACAAAGAAGUCCACGAUAAACAACAGGCUCUUGAAUCUAUGGCCGAUCGAGAAGAGCAGAUGGGCAAGGGCCUCUUCGUUGGAUUUACGUUCCGUCAUCGAAAACCUACCACGGAGGACGGCAGCCCACGGAAGCGGAUCCAGACUGACGAGACGUUUGGCACGAUGCUCUAGGGUAGGCGUCCGCUGUCUAAAUUCAAGAGGCGGUGACCCACCUCGUUUUAGGUUGACAAGUUUUGUUGUUCGCCGCCACAUAAUAUCCACAUGAUUUGAUGGCGACGGGUAGUUUUUAGACAAUACCCCUAAGAUAUCGUCACACGGUAAUGUGGUUAAUACCGCAUUUUCUUUGUUUUUCGGCCAGUGGCUCCUCGAGGAGCUAUUUAUUGAUUCCAAGAAGGGCGUUUUCAGGUCUUAUGCAUAUUGUAUUAGGAGUUUUACCAAGGGGGGUUAAUGGAGGGUAUAGGGUAUAGGGUAUAGGGUAUACGCGUCUAAUUCCGGCACGGUCGUUCCGAGGGAAGCCAUAGGGCUUCGACGUCGAGAGGCAGGGAAGUAGCACCAGUCGUGUACAACAGUGUCGCAAUAGACUGUCCUUAUUUCAGCCUCAGGUAUAGCCUACUAUGUACCAUCUUUGUUGCCCUGUCAAGUUUUCUGUCCCGAUGAGCAUAUGCUUACGUCUUCAAUAUUGAAACGUCGAAGGUGAUCGGCAGACCACACGUCAGUCUUUGAUAUGGAUAUUCCAGGCUUUCUAUAAUGAAGAAGAAGCUCGAUUUUACAAUACCGUUUGCUGAUCCAUUCAAGUCGGGGGUUGAAAAAGAAAAUGCUCGUCAUGAAAUAGAUAAGGUUAAAUC